AUGACAGCCAUUGUGUUCGCUCUCUUGGUUGUGGCAGCCGGUAAGUUCAGCUCAGAGGACGACAAGAUCAUUGGGGGAUAUGAAUGUUCUCCGCACUCCCAGCCUUGGCAGGUGUACCUUACGUACGAUGACGGGCAACGCUGGUGUGGGGCAUCCCUGAUCAAUGAGAGAUGGGCGGUAUCUGCCGCUCACUGCUAUAUCCCACCACCCCGACUCGUAGUCCACCUAGGGGAACACAAUGUGUAUAAGGACGAGGGGACAGAGCAGAGGAUCCUGGCUGAGAAGGUCAUUUCUCACCCUUAUUACAGCAGCAGUGGGUAUGAUAAUGACAUCAUGCUCAUCAAACUGAGUAAACCUGCCGUCUUCAACAAGUAUGUUCAGGCCAUCGCUCUUCCAACCACCUGCUCCAAAGCAGGGACUCAGUGUUUGGUGUCUGGAUGGGGAAAUCAGAUCACCACAGGAGUCAUCUAUGCAUCAGACUUGCAGUGCUUGGAUUUGCCAGUUAUCUCAAGAUCUGAUUGCCAGUACGCUUACGGUUCCCUGAUCACUGAGAACAUGUUCUGCGCUGGGUUCCUUGAGGGAGGUAAAGACUCUUGUCAGGGUGACUCUGGUGGCCCUGUUGUGUGCAACGGGAAGCUGCAAGGAGUUGUGUCGUGGGGAUAUGGCUGUGCUGUGGCUGGCUACCCUGGAGUGUAUGCUGAAGUUUGCCGCUAUACCAGCUGGCUUGACCUCACUAUGGCAAACAACUGA